UGACUGUUUGACGGCAGUCCCACAGCUGUAAAAGUUAGUUGGAGGGUGAGAAAGAAAUAAACAUUUAAUAAUCUCAGAGAAGAAGAGGGCUGGCGGUGAUUUGAAGCGGCAUGUCUGAAUAUCCGCCCUUCCAGUAUGGCAAGUCUCGUUUCGACCAGAACACGUUUUUUGGCCGGUUCAGGCACUUCUUGGACGUGAUUGACCCCAGCACGCUCUUUGUGACAGAGAAACGGCUGCGGGAGUGCGUCGAGCUGCUUGACCAUUUCAAGCAAGGAACUCUGCCUCUGGGAGUGACGAAUGCUCAGCUUUGGCAAGCCCAGAAAAUAAAGCAGGCCAUCAUCCACCCCGACACAGGGGAGAAGAUCCUCAUGCCUUUUCGGAUGUCAGGUUUUAUCCCGUUUGGCACACCAGUGGUUGUUGGCCUCCUUCUCCCUAAUCAAACACUUGCAUCUACCGUCUUCUGGCAGUGGUUGAACCAAAGUCACAAUGCCUGUGUUAACUACAGCAACCGCAAUGCCUCCAAGCCAGCUCCAGCUUCCAAGUUCCUGCUGGGAUACCUUGGGGCGGUUACCAGUGCAGUGUCCAUUGCUGUUGGGUUAAACGUUUUAAUCCAGAGAGCGAGCCGCUUCAGCCCAACCACCAGGCUUUUGGUGCAGAGGUUCAUCCCCUUCCCAGCAGUGGCGAGUGCAAAUGUCUGCAACGUGGUGCUCAUGAGACACUCUGAGCUGUCAGAGGGCAUCAGCGUGCUCGACAACAACGGCAACGUGGUGGGAACAUCAAGAGUAGCUGCCAGGCAUGCUCUCUUGGAGACGGCCCUGACCAGAGUAGUCAUGCCCAUGCCAAUCCUGGUGCUUCCUCCCCUGAUCAUGUCUGCACUGGAAAAGCUCCCUCUCCUGCAGAGACAAAAGAGGCUCGUCCUGCCUGUCCACAGUCUCGUGUGUCUCGCUGCCUUCAGCCUGGCUCUGCCGCUUGCCAUCAGUUUGUUUCCACAGAUGUCGCAGAUCAGUGUAGAUCAGCUGGAGCCAGAGAUUGCCAUGGCAACCGACUGUAAGAUUGUGACAUACAAUAAAGGACUUUGAGUGAUCGCUACCAAAACUGAAAUGUGAAGAAAGGACGCGCAGCCCGUCGUGGCUCGAGCCGCCCCGACGCUGCCAGGGAAUUAAUUGUGUCAAAUUUGGCUGCUGCUGCAGUGGCUUUAGCACACGUUUGGACAACAACAGCUGAUACGAAGAAUCAGCAGCAACAGUGAUAAGAAAAUAUGUAUCACAACACGAGGAGACAAAGCCAAACAAGUGCAUUUUGAGGGUAACAGCCCAGUUAGGUUGAUUAAUUAGGUUAACAAAACCCAUAAGCUUGCUUGGUUCCUUGAGGCUUUUUCCACAACGAGCAGACCGCUAACCAUAGAUCAAAGAUGGGCAAAUUAAAAUGUCUGGACAAAUAAAUGUGUAAACUGUGAAUGAAAUGAAGAUACAAAUGCUUCCCGCCUUUUUUUUUUGUUUUUGACCCUUCAAUAUGAGUCAGUACCUUCCUGUGACCCAAGGCGAUGUAUGUCUAUAACCUGGAAGUAUUUCAAUCAACGUGGAAAUAAGAAAGCAGCCAAGAUCAAUCUUUUUGAAUCUGAAUGAUUAUUUUUGCUCUCUUGGGGUGCUGUGACUCACGUUCGCAACUACUGAUUUAUGUAUUUUUAAAGUAGCUUUGCUCUGGUGUCUGCACAACAAAUAUAUACACAGCCUGAUUGUGUUUGUUUAAGUUUCCUUGGAUCUCAAUGAGCCAAGUGUUCCCUGUGACCACUAUCAGCUUUAAAUUCCUCCAGUGAAAGAGUGACUCAGUUUCUAACCACAAUGGCAAAUAAUAAAAAAGUUGCAGUUUUGGUUCAGAGUGAAAACCAGAACAUUAUAAUUAAGCAAAUAUUGCAAAAGCAUAAAUAAAUACACAAUUGUGACAUUUUAUUUCCAAAUUGUUUCUUUUAUUAGUCUUAUAACCAGAGACUUCUCUCUCGCUCUCUCUCUUUGUGUACAUAUUCAUGCUCGAUUUAUCUAAACAUUCUCAAAGUAUUAAGAUGGUUUGCUGUGAUGUGUGUGAUUAGUAUGUUUGCCCGGUUGCUGAGGGAACACAGCACAGUAGGCUGCACUCCAGUGUAAUUCAACAAGAAGCCACAUGCAGGAUCAGUGGAGGUUGCUGGGUGUGAGUUAUGGCACACAACCAGGGUGAGAUGAAUAAAUGGAAACAAAACCCCAUUCAUAACGACGCACAUCUCUCACCAAGUUAUUGUCAUCAGAUUUAGUUCUGGCCUGUUAACUGUAAUGUCAUCUGAUGUUACAAAGCACCAUGUUGUAGCUUUUGAGCUAGUAAUUUAAAUUGUAACCCACAGUGGAUUUAUCAGCAUCUGUCUGAUUAAUCCAGAGGGGGGUGUGGUUGGGUAUCAAUUGUGUGUCUCUUGUAGGUGAGUAUAUGAAACCUUUGAGGAAGAUUAUAAACUGAUAAUCAAAAGGUA